GCUCCUCUCCGGCUCCCCUCCGGCUCCAGCAAACUGCAUGGGAAAUAGCCCAAAGUGUCCAAAAGCAGCUGAGAGGGUGGCAGCAGCUCUGCUUGCACCAUGGCCGAGCCAAAGUCUGUGUGUGUUUCCGUGGACGAGGUGGUCUCCAAUGGCACAGACACCCAGGACAUCCGACUCAUGAAUGGACACUUAAAAAAAGUGGACAAUGCUCUGACAGAAGCUCACAGGUUCUCCUACCUGCCCCGCAGGCCAGCUGUCAACAUUGAGUUCAAAGAACUGUCCUACUCUGUCCAGGAGGGGCCAUGGUGGAGAAAGAAAGGUUAUAAGACCCUUUUGAAAGGAAUUUCAGGGAAGUUCAGCAGUGGAGAACUCGUUGCAAUUAUGGGACCUUCAGGAGCUGGGAAGUCAACGCUUAUGAAUAUUCUGGCAGGGUACAGAGAGACGGGGAUGAAAGGAGAAAUCCUCAUCAACGGGCAGCCCCGCGACCUGCGCUCCUUCCGCAAAGUCUCCUGCUACAUCAUGCAGGAUGACAUGCUCCUCCCUCACCUCACUGUCCAGGAAGCUAUGAUGGUAUCUGCUCAUCUGAAACUUCAAGAGAAAGAUGAAGGGAGGAGAGAAAUGGUGAAGGAAAUCCUGACAGCCCUGGGCUUGCUGACGUGUGCCAACACCAGGACUGGGAGUCUUUCUGGGGGCCAGAGGAAGCGCCUUGCCAUUGCUCUGGAGCUGGUGAACAACCCUCCUGUCAUGUUCUUCGAUGAACCAACCAGUGGCUUGGAUAGUGCGUCGUGUUUCCAGGUGGUCUCUCUGAUGAAGGCUUUGGCCCAGGGUGGCAGGUCCAUCAUCUGCACCAUUCACCAGCCCAGUGCAAAACUCUUUGAGCUCUUUGACCAGCUCUAUGUUCUAAGUCAAGGUCAGUGCAUUUACCGUGGGAAGGUAACAAACCUUGUCCCUUACUUGAGGGAUUUGGGGUUGAAUUGUCCAACCUACCACAACCCAGCAGAUUUUGUUAUGGAAGUGGCCUCUGGAGAGUACGGGGACCAGAACAGCCGCCUGGUCAGGGCGGUGCGGGAGAGGAUUUGUGACACGGACUACAAGAGGGACGUGGCUGGGGAGAACGAGCUGAACCCCUUCCUGUGGCACCGGCCCUCUGAGGAGGACUCCUCCUCCACAGAAGGCUGCCACAGCUUCUCUGCCAGCUGCCUGACCCAGUUCUGCAUCCUCUUCAAAAGAACUUUCCUCACCAUCAUGAGGGACUCAGUCCUGACACACUUGAGGAUCACCUCACACAUUGGCAUUGGGCUGCUCAUUGGAUUGCUCUACUUGGGCAUUGGCAAUGAAGCCAAGAAAGUCCUCAGCAACUCGGGAUUCCUCUUUUUCUCCAUGCUGUUCCUCAUGUUUGCUGCGCUCAUGCCGACUGUCCUCACCUUCCCCCUUGAGAUGGGAGUGUUUCUCAGAGAGCAUCUGAACUACUGGUACAGCCUGAAAGCCUAUUACCUCGCCAAAACCAUGGCUGAUGUUCCUUUUCAGAUCAUGUUCCCUGUGGCUUACUGCAGCAUCGUGUACUGGAUGACCUCCCAGCCCUCGGACGCGCUGCGCUUCGUCCUCUUCGCAGCCCUGGGGACCAUGACAUCCCUGGUGGCUCAGUCCCUGGGCCUGCUCAUAGGGGCAGCCUCCACGUCCCUCCAGGUGGCAACUUUUGUGGGCCCAGUUACUGCCAUCCCAGUCCUUCUGUUCUCUGGGUUUUUUGUCAGCUUUGAUACCAUCCCAACAUACCUCCAGUGGAUGUCCUACAUUUCCUAUGUCAGAUACGGGUUCGAAGGAGUCAUCCUCUCCAUCUACGGGCUGGACCGGGAAGAUCUGCAUUGUGACAAAGAUGACACCUGCCAUUUCCAAAAAUCAGAGGCCAUCCUGAAAGAACUGGAUGUUGAAAAUGCCAAACUUUACCUGGACUUCAUUGUCCUCGGGAUUUUCUUCUUCUCUCUGCGCCUGAUUGCCUAUUUUGUCCUCAGAUACAAAAUCCGAGCGGAGAGGUAAAGGAAAAGCAGCUGAACCAAUGCAGUAGGAGAACUUUAGACAUGCAAUAGAGGGCACUUGACAUUGUCUCACUGUGGCAGGCUGGUCCCCAGUCCCAGCCAGAUGCUGUCCUGGCCGAGCCCAUGGAGAGCCACAAUGGGAUAGUGGACAUACAGUGUUAAACCAAUCAGUCCAGUUGGGUUGGGUCAUGUUUUCAUUACACUUUCUAGCUUUAACUAGGAAGAAGAACUAGAAGGGAAUUUUUCACCACCGAUUAUCAAUGCCGAGGCAGUGUAACUGUAACAAGAAACCUGGCUGCAGGAGCUUUCCUUAUGAAAACCAAUUUUGGGAUAAGGUCACCAGGAUGCCAGUCCUGGUGGCCAGAAUAGUGUAAUGUCAUCUCUAGUUGACAAGGUAGUGAGAUGCAAAAUGAGGAGUGCAAAGAAAAUAGUAUUCUCUCAUCUUUUUAAAUUUCAUCUUUGCAGUUUUCUAUGUAUUAUUUUGCAAUUCUUUUCCACAGAAUUACCCCUUCUGGCUAAAAGUCUGUAAAUGUAUUAAUAAGGUAAAGAUAUCUUUUUAAUAUGGAUACUUUUUUAAAAGAAACCUAAAGUGAUUCAAGUAAUUAUUUUUGUUUCUGUCUGAACUUAGAAUUCUGGUGCUUUACUUGUCGAGCUGGUCUCAUAUCUGAAAACUGUAAUGACAGGAGGAAAAGGCAGAUUCUGAAUCUGCACUAAACCUGUGGUCCCAUUUGGAAGCAGCACUGGAUAGCACAUGCAGUUAGACAUGGUCAAGCUGUCACUGAAUGGUUGAAAAAAAUAUUCUUUUGCAGUGUCUUUAAAUCCUUAGUAUUUGUGAUAUUCUGGGAUAC